GCUAUUACUCUAGCGAAUGGAAAAGACGCGAAGGCAGCAGCGAAAGUAUGUUGACUUUUUCCCCCUACACAUGCUUUUAAAUAUCAAGGAAAUCAUGGAAGGCUGCAAAGCUGGUACACAGAAGAAAGUGCUGAGCAUAGGAUUGGUGUGCCUGGACAUCAUCAAAGUUGUGUCAGAUUUUCCAAGAGAGGACACUGAUCAGAGAUGCCUUGACUGCUUAUGGAGAAGGGGAGGGAAUGCUUCCAACUCUGCAUCUGUGCUGUCCCUUCUUGGAGCCUCAUCAGAAUUCUUGGGUUCAUUUUCAGCAGGCCCUUAUCUGCAAUUCUUGCAGUCUGAUUUCAAGGAAUAUGGCAUAAGCAUCACACACUGUCCCAUCUAUACUGAGACAGACAGUCCUGUGUCUGUGGUUAUAGUGAACAGAAAGAGUGGUUCACGAACUAUUUUACAUACCAAUAAAAAUUUGCGGGAACUGUGCUUUGAAGAUUUCAAGAAGAUUAAUGUAAAAGAUGCCUAUUACUCUUGGAUCCAUUUUGAAGGGCGUUCAAAUGUGUCAGAAAUAAAGAAGAUGUUGCUUUAUCUAAGAGAACAUAAUGAUGCAUCAAAUGAAUCCAAUCACAUCACUACAUCCCUUGAAGUUGAAAAACCAGAAAGAUAUUCAGAGCUGAGAGGUUUGAUGGAUCUGGCAGAUUAUAUCUUUGUUAGCAAAGAGGUUGCUCAAAGCCUUGGAUACUGUGAGAUGAAACUUGCUGUGAAUGAACUAGUGGAGAAUUGCAGGCAGGGUGGAACUGUUAUCUGCCCUUGGGGAGACUGUGGGGCAGCAGCAAAAAGGAAAUGCGGCACCUUGAUAAUUUCCCCAGCUUUUCCCCCUGAGGAAGUCAUAGAUACCUUAGGAGCUGGAGAUACCUUCAUUGGUGCUGCUGUUUUUGCCCUGAAUCAAGGUGAAAACCUUCAAGAAUCUGUGAAAUUUGCCUGCAAAGUUGCUGGUGCAAAGUGUGGCAUAAUGGGGAACCAAGGUCUAAGGGAAUGACGUUCUAUUAAAUUUCAUGAGCAUUUUGUUCAGCCAUUCCAAUAAUAAUGAAUAUAAUUAAAGAUAUUAUACAUGGAGUUCACUGAAUUAGACAUAAAAGUGUUGUUAAAUA